AAUCCUCCGACAGAGCCCUUUUUGGUAAUUUCCCACUCAAUCCAAAUCCUCUUUAUAUCAAUUUCCCCCUUUCUUGCGUCUUCAUCCUCUGCGGGUUGAUUGUGCCUCUUGCCGAAUUCUCUCAAUUACCUUCCUCUCACCCCCUUUGGAUCGUUAUAAAUCUUUUCUAAUUCCUUUCAGAUAUUGAAUCACACGUAGUUUUUUUUUCUUUAUAUAUUUUGAUUGAUUAGUUUUUUGAAUGAUACAUAAUCGAGUACAAAACAGAAUAAACUUAAAAAGAAGAAGAUGAAUAGGGGAAGAUUGAAUAUUUUUAAGAGUCAAAGAAUAUAAUUCGAAUCGGAUAUCCUUUUCUUUGUUUUCAGCGGAUUUUGAGCGUUGGUUUUGUGUUUUUUAAUUUUCAAUCCAUUACGAAAUUCGCAAUUCAGGGUUUUUUGGGUGUUGAUUCUGACGUUUUCAUAGAGUAUAUAAAUUUUAUUGUACGUUUGAUAAACGAUCAAUUAUAAUUGGGUAUUCGUGUUACUUGGAAAACAGUUUCUUUUUUUUCAUUUUUUUUUUUUCUUUUUUUUUUUUUUUUUUAGUUUUUGAUUUUGAUUUUUGCGGCAAGUUGAUUGCGGUGGGGGUGGUGGAGCAUGGAUUGCGGAGUCUACGCGGCAACAGGGGACCCGUGGUUGAUGAUGGGUAGCAGUGGCUCCGGUGGUGGUGGUGGUGGCGGUGUAGGCGGGCAGAUGUUGGGUGGGGCGUUUAGCCACGAAAGCGAGCAUGAUUUGGCAGCGAUGGUUAGUGAUUUCUUGGAAAACGGGAGUAGUUGUGGCGCCGAUUCACGGUGUAGUAGCGACAGCGAUUCCGGUUUCUGCGAACUCGCUCACCUCGCCGACAAGAUUUCGUACUACAAAGUUUUGCUGGAUAAACACGGGAUUGACAUGCUGUCAGUAGUUAAUUCUCUCAUCCUAUCAAUCAAUACAAUGGACCUUCAUUUUAUCAGAUCAGGUUCAUGUUCAUGUAACGCUAGUUGCAUAAGGUUCUCUCUCGUCAAACUUCUAAGGCUCUCAGGUUACGAUGCUGCCGUCUGUACAUCCAGGUGGCAGGGCACCGGAAAAGUUCCCGGAGGGGAUCAUGAAUACGUUGAUAUUAUAAAUUACAAUGAUUCGGGAAAUGUUGACCGGUUAAUCAUUGACAUUGAUUUUCGAAGUCACUUUGAGAUAGCUAGAGCUGUUCCUUCUUACAACCGGAUUCUGAAAUCGCUUCCUGUUGUUUAUGUGGGAACAUUAACAAAACUAAAACAGUUUCUUCAAGUUAUGGUUGAGGCUGCAAAAUCAUCCCUAAAACAGAACUCAAUGCCGCUUCCACCUUGGAGAUCCUUAGCCUAUCUGCAAUCCAAAUGGCACUCCCCUUAUCAACGGCAUGUAAACCCAGAACCGGAAUCGGAAUCGGAAUCGGUAUUGUUUUCCGGUUCCGGUUUUGGUUCUGAGCAUAAGCUAUGCAUCGGACACCUGAAUCGGCUCAAGUCUUUGAUCCAAUUUGAGAUGGAAACAGAGCGGAAUCAUGUGAAGAAACCGAAUCCCACAAGCCGAGUGAAGAUUGUAAAGAGAUUUAUAAAGUGAAAUAAGUGAGAAUGGAAAUAGUAAAGAGGGUUUAUUUUUUCAUCUCUUGAUGAUAAUCUGGAUCCUCAGUGUUUUGUUAUGUGGAUCCUAACAAGUUUUGCUUUGUUUUUUUUUUCAUUUUGGAAUUUGUUUGUUUUGGUGAGAUGUUAUUAGAGGCUGUCUGGAUAAUGUUAUAUUCUUUAAU